GAGGAGGAGGAGGAAGAGGAGUGGACUCGGUAAAGGACAGAGUGCCACCAGCAGAGCUUCACACUGCUAAAGGAGCACCCAUCAUGCCCACCGUCGUGCCUAGACCCGCUGUCCGCCCGGGCGAGGCAUUCGUGGGGGAGGUGGAGGCGCUACGCCGGGAGCUGCGGGAGGUGCGGAGGAGGCAGGAGAUGGCGGAGGACGAGGCUCUGAAGCUGCGUGCGGUGCUCUCGCAGAGGGAGGCUCAGCACGAGGAGCAGCGGAGGAGCGGGGAGCGGGCGCUGCAGGAGGCGCACGGGCGCUCCUGGCAGCUGGAGGAGGCGCUGCGGGAGGUGCAGCGGAGGAUGGCGGGCUCGGAGGCGCGCGUGCGCCAGAUGCAGGCCCACCUGAUGGCCGUGCGGGAGAACCUGGUGGAGGAGCUGCGGGCACAGCUGCAGGAGGCCAAGGUUCAGCGGGAGGAGGCGCAGGGGCAGGUGGCGUGCCUCCACAGGGAGCUGAGCCUGAGCCGGAGGCACAGAGAGGAGCAGCGCGUCAGGGAGGAGCAGCUGGCCGAGGAGGUGCAGAGGUUGCGGCAGCACCUGGAGCGGGCCGAGCGGGAGAGGGCGGAGGUGGGCGCCAGGCUGGCACAUGCAGAGGCCAGUCUGAGGGACAGGGAGCUGGACACCACCAAGAAGCUGCUGUCGGACGCCAUGGGCAGGCAGAUCGUCAAGCUGCGGAAGGGCCAGGACAGCCUGGCAUAUGGCGAGACACAGAUGGCCCAGUCGGAGAUGCGGCCUGCCGGUCAGACACAGGAGGCAGGUGGCGUGGCACAGAACACCACCUCUGCACAUGAGUUCGACCAGGAGCGCACAGAGACACGUAGUGCCAUCUCUACUCAUUCUGCCCAUGAAGAUGGCACUGGGGUGAAACACACCACCUCUCUAAAAGACACACACGAGGAGGCAGGCAUGGCACAAACCAUCACUUCUUUCCACGCCACGCAGAGUGAGGCCGCCGAAGUCCCAGGCAGCACCUCUCUGCCUCCGCCAGCGCUCCAGGGCACCCAGUCCUCAGUUGAGCCCCAGGACCCUGCAUCCAUCAGACCCCCUCCUCCGGAAGAUUACGUCCCUCGUGUGGAGCACUUGGCCCUGACAAGCUCCCUGACCACCACGCUGGAGCAGGCUGAGAUGCGGGCGGAGGAGGCCCUGAGGCAGUACCAGGGGGUGCGGGAGGAGGCCGACUGCCUGCUGAAGGAGCUGCAGCAGCAGAGGGCUGAGCUGGACACCUUCCAGGAGGCACUGAAGACUCGCUUCAUCCCGCUGGACGCGCUCGAGGAGAAGGAGAAGGAGCUCGCCCAGCUCAGGGAGGUGCUUCAGGAGAGAGAGCAGACCACGCUGAAGGAGAAGGAGAAAGAGAAGGCUUUGUUCGAGGAGAAGGAGAAGGAGCUCGCCCAGCUCAGGGAGGUGCUGCAGGAGAAAGAGCAGACCAUGAUGAAGGAGAAAGAAAAGGAGGCGACUGUGCUCCGUGAGCAGGAGAAGGAGCUCACCCAACUCCGGCUAACCUUGCAGGAGAAGGAGCGGGCUGCACAGGAAGGGAGGGAGAGGGAGCUCACCGUACUUAGUGAGAAGGACAAUGAGCUGACACAGCUGAGACUCACCCUGCAACAGAGGGAGCAGGCCAUGCUAGAGGAGGGCAAGGGGAGCAAGGCAGCUCUGGAGGAGAAAGAGAAGGAGCUGGCCCAACUCCGGCUAACUUUACAAGCCAGAGAGCAGGCCAUGCAGGGGGAGAGGAGCGAGAGCCAGGCUGCUGUGGAGGAGAAAGAGAGGAAGCUGACCGAGCUCAGAGGUGUCCUGCAGGAGAGGGAGAAGGCGGUCAUGAAGGAGGAGAUACAAGAGAGGGUUGCUCUGGAGGAGAAGGAGAAUGAGGUGAGCCAACUCAGGCUAACUCUGCAAGAGAGGGAGCAGGCCAUGCUGGAGCAGAAGAAGAGAGAGCUGAAUGAACUCAGUGGCGUUCUACAGGAGAGAGAGUCGACUGUCAUAAAGGAGAAGGAGAGAGUGCAAGCUGCACUGGAAGAGAAGGAGAGGGAGCUAGCCCAAAUCAGGGCGUCUCUUCAGGAGAGAGAACAGGCUGACGUGGAGAAGGAGAAGGCGCUAGCUCAUCUCAAGAAAUCUCUUCAGGAGAGAGAGAUAGACUGCAAUGAGAAGGAGAAGGAGCUAGCUCAACUCAAGAAAUCUCUUCAGGACAGAGAGGGGGUUGCUGUGAAGAAUGAGAAGGAGCUAGCUCAGCUCAGGGGAGUUCUUCAGGAGAGAGAGAAGACUGCCAUGGAGAAGGAGAAGGAACUAGCUCAACUCAAGGCAUCUCUUCAGAAGAGAGAACAGGCUGACGUGGAGAGGGAGAAGGCCCUAGCUCAUCUCAAGAAAUCUCUUCAGGAGAUAGAGAAGGCUGCCAUGGAGAAGGAGAAGGAACUGGCUCAACUCAGGGCAUCGCUUCAGGGGAGAGGGAAGAUUGCCGUGGAAAAUGAGAAGGAGCUUGCUCAUCUCAAGUUGUCUCUUAAGGAGAGAGAAACGGUUUCCGUGGAAAAGGAGAGGGAACUAGCUCAACUCAGGGCAUCUCUUCAGGAGAGAGAAAAGGCUGCUGUGGAGAGCGAGAAGGAGCUGGCUCGGCUCAGGGGAGUUCUUCAGGAGAGACAGGAGGAUUCUCUGGGGAAAGAGAAGGAGCUGGAUCAACUCCGGCUAGCACUACAAGAGAGAGAGACAGACUCCCAUGAGAAGAAGAGGGAACUGGACCAACUCAGGCUAGCACUACAGGAGACAGAGAUGGACUUCCAUGAGAAGGAGAGGGAACUGGACCAACUCAGGCUGACUUUGCAGGAGGGAGGAGGAAGAGGAGGAAAGGUGGGAGAUGAAGAGCAAGAGGAGCAGGGAGAGAAACGUGAUGCUCCUCUUCCUGGCUGUCACGUGACAGAGACUCUGGAGACCUCAGACAGCAUCCAGUAUCAGCAGAGCCUCUGGCAAAAGGGCACGCAUGACAAACACAAUCAGGAGGAAGGUGAGGGAGCCAGGCUGGUUGCCCAAGGCUGCCUGUCCCCGAGGGCCGAAGCUGGGGGUGCAGCUGGACGUCUGGAGCUGCACGGUGGCCUGGCUGGUGACGGAGAGGCCGAGGCAGCCGCUGGCAGCCUCCAGACCCAGAUCAACAGCCUGAAGCAGCAGCUGGAGGAGUCGGAGAGCAGACACAGAGAUGUCCUCUCCAUGUAUCGGGCUCGCCUGCUGGAAGCAGCUCAGGGCUACAUGGAUGAGGAGGCUCGAGCGGCCUUGCUACAGAUAGCGGUGAUAAGGCGAGAGUGUGUGUAUUGACCCUGAAGGACCCCGAGCGCCUACGGACUGGAGGACUGAUGGAUAGGCCUCAGCACUGAACGUGUGAUGAACAUCAAUAGCACCAAGUCAUCUGAGGACUUGCAGAAAAUAUGUGUGUGAGGGAGGGAGGGUGAGAUGGGAUCGGAUCCCUGAGAGGAUGUGUAUGUGUGUGUAUGUGUGUGUGUGUGUGUGUGUGUGUGUGUCUGUGUGUCUGUCUGUCUGUGUGUCUGUCUGUCUGUCUCUGUGUGUGUGUGUGUGUGUGUGUGUCUGUCUCUGUGUGUGUGUGUGUGUGUGUGUGUGUGUGUGUGUCUGUGUGUGUGUGUGUGUUUGUGAGCCACCUGUAUUGUAUACAGAUUAGAUACUGCAAGGUACAGAGGUGGCCAGAGGUGGCUGCCGUCAUAGUGACGGGGUCACUCAAACUGUUAACCUGCUGCUGUGAAGACCCAAAGAAAUAGAAGGACUUUUUCAUCCAUGUACAUUACUUCAGUAUAUAGUACUUCUCUUAAAAGUGUCUUUCUGAAAGGUUAUAGAAUGGACUAUUUUUCUGCUUUCUCAUUCUUUUCUCUAUAUACAAUACAAAUUAAAUAAAUUCAAAAUAAAAAGA